GAACACAAAAGAGAUGAACGCAUCUGAAAAAAGUUCACAGAAAAUAAGGGGAACUGGGUUCAGCUCUUGGUGCAUCCGUGUGUCUCUUGAGUUUAUGAGCUGGAUGUUGACUGAAGAUCAGCGUCGUCUCUGAACCCUAACAAUGCAGUGGUGGGCCGUCAGGGCCUUCAAGGCCUUUGCUGAAGGCCUAAGAAAUAUCUAAAUCAUGUGUUAGUUAUAGUUUGUCCAUGCAUACUCAUUAAACCAUUACAAAUGGUCUGUCCAUUCUCUUUCAUUGUGUUCAUGAUGGUUAUGAAUAGAAUAGAAGAGAAGAGAAGAGAAGAGAAGAGAAGAGAAGAGAAGAGAAGAGAAGAGAAGAGAAGAGAAGAGAAGAGAAGAGAAGAGAAGAGAAGAGAAGAGAAGAGAAGAGAAGAGAAGAGAAGAGAAGAGAAGAGAAUAGAAUAUCUUUAUUUCCAUAGCACUUUUCCCAGAGCGAGUCACAAAGUGCUUUACAAAGAGAAUAAAAUCAUAUCAAAACACAAAAAAGUAAUAAAAUACAAUAAAAACAAUAGUAAAACAAAUGUUAUGUUAUGCUGCUUUCCAACAGAUUUUCAUAUUGGAGCAUUUAACCAAUCGCAUUUCAGCUCUGUUUGUUGCUAGGCAGGGUCAGAGCUGCCUUCAGUAUCCGAUUUUAUGGUCCUCUAAUGCAAAAUUAAUGUUGGUCAUUCAUUUCCUUCAACCAAUCAGGUUCUGAGUUGGUGUCAGCAGGCCUUCUAGCAGGUUUAGGCAGCGUCACAGUAUUCAGAGCUUCUGAUUGGACAGAAAUUUCAGGAAGUCACUACAAGCAGCCUCGUCCAGUUUGACAGAGAACUUUUUGAUGUGUUUCAGUUAAAAACACAGAUGACUGUAAUUAAGGGUGCUCCGAUUGAUCGGUCGCCGAUCAUAAUCGGUCGAUUAUAGCUUUGGGAUGUUUGAUCGGUCGUCUCUAUAAAGGCCGAUCCAGAAAAGCCGAUCAGAUGACGCAAAACUCGCGAGACGAUUUUUUUACGCGCUGCUAAAAAUGGCUUCACCGUCUGGCAAUUCUACGUGGUGUGCGAAAAAGAUAAUACAUUAGCAAUCUGCAACGUGUGUACCAAGCAAAUCCCACGAGGCGGAAAGCACGCAAAACAUUUUAACACCACCAACCUCAUCAGACAUUUGAAGGUUAGUCACGUAAAGGAAUAUGAGCAGUUUUCAAAGUUAGCUAGCGCAAAGAGAGAGCGAGACAGUUCAGCAACUCAAGCGCCACUCACUCAGCUGUCAGUAACAGAGACAUUUCAAAGAAAGCAACCCUACAGCAGGGACAGUAAGAAGCAUAAAGAGAUAUCAGACAAAAUAAUGGAAUUCAUUUGCCUAGAUCACCAGCCUCUGUCUGUUGUGGAAGACGAAGGGUUCCAGCGACUCAUGUCCUAUUUAGAUUCACGUUACACUCUGCCAGGGCGUAAAUAUUUCACUGAUGUGUGCCUGCCGCAGUUAUACCAAACCGUGUUUACAUAUGUCGACAGCCUUAUGAAGGACAACAUAACAUCGAUUGGUUUCACUAGUGACAUUUGGAGUGCGAGUGUAUGCCCCAUGUCCAUGUUGAGCCUCACUGCGCAGUUCAUUAAUCAAAACUUCGAACUACAAAAAGUUGUUCUACAUUCUCAAGAGUUUUCAGGGUCACACACCGCAGAGGCUCUUGUUGCUGCAUUCAGCGACAUGUUUCAAGCAUGGGGAAUCCCGAAGGAAAAAGUGCAUGUUAUUCUAAGGGAUAACGCAAAGAACAUGGAAAAGGCCAUGAGGGAUGCCCAUCUACCCAGCCUGCCGUGCAUGGCGCAUUCACUCCAGCUCGCCGUGACCGAGGGAGUCAUGUCACAACGCAGCAUCGCUGAUAUAAUCGCUUCUGGAAGACGCAUCGUCGGUCAUUUCAAACACUCCCCGCUUGCUUACUCACAACUUCAAAGUAUUCAGAAACAACUGGGCCAGCCUAUCAAGAGACUACAGCAAGAUGUACCUACCAGGUGGAACAGUACUGUAUACAUGCUGCAGAGUCUGCUGGAACAGAAACGUGCCCUGUGUGCUUAUGUAGCCGACUAUGACUUACCCUCCUCCAUGUUCACCAGUAGCCAGUGGAAAUUAGCUGAAAAUAUGAUUUCGCUACUCGCCCCAUUUGAAGAGCUCACACAGCAGAUCAGCUCAUCCACUGCAUCGGCUGCAGAUGUUAUACCAUCCAUCAGAGCUUUAACUCGUCUUCUUGAGAAGACAGCAGAGACUGACCACGGUGUAAAAACUUCAAAAGCCACGUUGUUGGAAGCGGUCCAGAAAACAUUCCGUGACAUUGAAUGUGAGCGCCUGUAUAGCAUUGCUACAAUCCUCGAUCCGAGGUACAAAGACAGAUAUUUUUCUGACGCAGUCAAGCCCCAGAUACGUGGACUGCUUUCUAAUGUCCUGGCCACUGGAUUGGAGCAGCAGGAUGGUGAGGCGAGUUUGGCUGCAAGCGGGUCCGGACCCCCAGAGAAAGUACCAAGAACCGGCUCCUUGCAUGCUAUGUAUGCUGAGUUGUUGGGUGGAGAUCAGGAAUGUGGUAGCAGUGAAAACACCAGCUCAGCAUCAUUGCAAUUGAAUUUCUACCUGUCAGAGCCAGUUAUCGCUCAAAGUGGACAGCCACUUGUUUACUGGCAGAACAAUAAAAGCCGCUUUCCCACUCUCGCACAAGCAGCACGCACCUACCUCUGUGCACCGUGUACAAGUGUUGAUAGCGAACGACUUUUGAGCAAAGCAGGGAAUAUUAUUGAUGAGAAGAGGAACAAGCUGUCAGCCAAAAAUGCAGAGAUGCUUAUAUUUAUAAAGAAAAAUCUGCCAUUGAUGCUUAAGAAGUAAGCUUUGGGCAAUCUAAUAAUCUCUAUCCCCCCUCUCUCUUUUUCUACCUCUCUCUACCUCCCUAAAUGCCCACAAAAUCUGAAUGAGUAUCUCAGAAAGCUGUUAUAGAUAUACAGAUAUGGAAGUUGUUAGUUAUUAGAAUGUUUUGUUGCUGUGCACUUUACUACCUGUGCUCCUUGAAAUGGUCUUUUACAAUAACCAAUGUCUGACUGACUUAAAACAAUAUUUUGGCUAUAGCCUUUUUUGUUGCAGUUUUAAAAGUAGCCUAAAGCUAAAUUUAAAGACUCAGAUGUUAUGUUAUGUCUUAUCUUAUUUUAUUUAUAUAUUCUCCAGGAAAGUUGUAUUAGUCAAGUCCUAAGUUGUUCCUAAUAACCAAACACAUGCUGCUAAGUUAAUUUGUUGGAAAUGUUGCUUCCAAAUAAAUACACAGUUGUCAAUUCAUGAUGCGUUGUCUUCUCUUAAUUGUAAUACUUAAUGUGCAUUGUUGUUAAAUAUUGUUUAAAAAAUUAUGCUACAUGAUAAAUAGAAGGCUUCAAAUAGACCCUGUAAUCGGUGAUCGGUAU